AUGUCGCAGCAUGGCCCGAAGUUGGCUGGGACAGCAUUCCAUUUUAGCAUUGCGCGGACUGUUCUGGGCGGCGGCGUGUGGUCUCUGCAUAUUAGCUGCGUGGGCCAGGAUUAUAGACUCUCCAAAAGAAUCAAGUACGAUGACUGCGCCGCGCGUGAUGCGUUUGUGAGUUUGUCGGGCCGUCCAGUGCGCAGGGUUAUGGGUCAUGUCCCGCGGACAAGGUCGGCCGGAGAUGGAUCUUGUGGCACGAUGCUGUCCUGGUCGGCAUGUGUGGCGGUUGGUAUCCUUAGGGUCGUGCCGGUAGGCGCGCCUUUCGUCCUGCUCGUCCUCUUUGCCUGCCUCUGGAAUACUUGGGCCGUACACGGCUGGAUUCGGCGCGGCGCCGCGGUUAUGAACGUGUUGACGGAAACCGCUGGAACUGGGUCCCGGCUUCAAAAGGGAGAGGAGCGUCGACGGCUCGAGCCCCUCGACAACGGCAUAGAACUCCGCUUCUCGCAAUUCACGGCAAGCCAGAAUCUGGAAUGCGCGCGAGUGCCACCGGCCACGGCAGCCCUGACCUGUACAGAUGGCUCUGAAGGACCUUCGUGCCACAGAUUCGCACGGAAUGAGGCAUCAGAGAACAGGCGAAGCGUGUGCUGGCUCUACCCAUGCGAGUGUAGGACGAAUGCGGGCUUCUGCUUAUGGGUAGAUGAGGAGGUCGCCUUGAAUUUGAGGAUUGGCGAGUCAACGAUAUCUUCAUCUGAUAGCGAGGAAUCGAUGGCGUCGAGCUGUUGCGGGGUACUCUAUGUUUCAUUUGUGGGCAAGCUUAAUUUAAUACGCAAGGAGCAGUCGAUGGCUCCAUCGUCUGGUAUUAAAGAUUUCCGGCAGGCAUCAUCAGGCUUGAAAUUGGCGCUGUUGAUAAGAGCGUUCAACGAGGCACCCAAGAUUCUGAAAUUCACUCGAGAAUCGCUACUCCUGCUGACGUCGGAGCGUCACGAUGGCCUCUCGACGAUGCGAUGGAAAUGGUGGUUUUCAACGAUGUCUCUCGAUGACGUCAUCCUACAUGGACCCCUACUCGGCCGCAACGAGCUAAGCCGUUCUCGCUUCGAGACCCGCAUCUGA